AUGCCACGCCAUUCACCAACCAAUCAGAGGCGGAAGAGGUUUUUCCAAUUGUUUCGUAUUCCAUCCAGCAGCGCUGCAGAUUCAAGCAGUCAGUUUGUUACAUCUGACGCAGUUCACGGGGCUCCUGCAGGCGGAGGUCAACGUUUGCGUUUCAUACACUUUAAAAAGGCUACAAGUGAAGGUUAUAAUCAGGAAGGUCCAUCGGAAAGGACUAAUACAACUCCCCGGAAUCAUCUCUUUCAUUCCUUAAAGUCGGGAAAUAAUACCUCUCGUGGAAUAGCAUCUUCUGGCAAAAUGGGAAAUGUUCAGCAGGUCCCCGUCAGCUACUAG